AUGUCGUCUGGGUCACAGACUUAUUUUCUUGAAGUGGGGAAAGCUUCCAUUCUGAUCCUUAAGACUUGUCCUCCUCUCGUUUUGUGCUCACCAGUAUUGCCCCAUAUUCAGAUGAUUCUAAAAGGUUCAAGUGAUGCGUGUCACGUGUUUCCUCCAAAGUCAACCCCUUCCAGAUGGAGUUCCGUUCUCCUAUUCUCAAUUUCUGAAAAAGCAUCUUCUUUUGUUCUCCCUACUUGGGGCUACGAAUCAACAAGAGGAUUGAAUGGUGGGUCGUCUGAUGAUUUGUCAAUUCCUCCAUUCUCUGAGCUCAUGAUGACUCGGAAAGAGAGAUGGUCUUUCGAUGGUGAAAACUUUGGCUUCAGUUGGGACAAAAUAACCAGAUUUGUUGGACGAAAUUUAGGGUCUCCUUUUAAUCUCCAAAGUUGUGUUUGUGCAAAGCUUUUAACUGAGAGAUCCUCGUUGGACAUCCAGAAAGUAAUAGCUACCAAUGAACUUGUUGUGGUUGCUGUUUUGACUUGUGGACAUGCUUACAUGCUGAAUGCUUGGAAUAAUGACACAUGA